CUAACAUCGUCUCCAAAACGAUUAAAUAAUUCCACUUUAAUAAUUUUGAGGUUACAUCGUCCUCAAUACAAGGGCUAGUUUUAACAAAAAUGCGUCCACUUAGUAUUACGUUAACGUGCUUUUUGCUGAUAGCGAGAUCGUGUGGUCAAAACAUCGACGGUGCCAUUGGAUUUCCAGAAAAGGAGGAAAAUAAUCAAAUUAAAAAUAAAGAGAAUCGUGAGCCCGUGUUCCUGCCGUCGAUGUGUCCAGUGGACCAGCUCUACUACCCCGGCGACCAGAAGGACGACUGGAUUUGCGACUGCAGGCCGUCGUACCUCUACCACCCGGCGACCGACAGAUGCUGGCCGGCCUACCGCCGAGGCCCUUGUAAGGAGAAAGAAUACCUCAUGCUCCCGUCCAACACUUACAUACCUGCCUGCGUGCCGAACCCAUGCCUAGUAGACUCCUACGUUCCGUGGAACAGAAAAUGCCAUCAACUUGGCUUGACAGCCCCCUGUGCUCAUCUGUACCCUAACUCAGCAGCGCUAGGCGUAAACGCUACCACUUUACAUAUUGGCUGUGUAAAAUUAAAUAUUGAGUCUAGAUUCCUUGAGCCGACUGGUCAGUUACCGGUGACGGUUGUGCCUUGCCCGCCGGGAUGUAAAAGAAGUAUAAAUGGGAAAUGUACUAAUAAUUAGACCGGACUAAAGGAUGACUCACGUUAACCAGGCCGUGUCCGGACCGGAGCCUCCGGCUCAUCGUUUUCUAUGAAAAGCAUCACGUGAUUGCCGGUCAUGUCAUAGAAAAGUAAGCGCCGGAAGCUCCGGCCCGGACACGGCCCGGUCUAACUUUAGUCAUCCUUAACUCUUUGUUGUAACUUGUUACUGCCUACUAGUACUAUUAAAGUUAAGGAUAGGUAUAUUAGGUAGGUAUACGAAUUAUAUGAUUAAUACAUAGUUGAUAAUUAGUCAAAAAUGAAA